AUGUCGUGCUCGACAACCCCACCUCCAUUCGGGGUUUACGCACCCGUGGUGUGCUUCUUUACAGAAGAUGAGGAAAUAGACUUCCCGAGCGUCACUCAUCACGUACAAAGGCUUCUAUCAUCCGGAGUUCGUGGCCUUGUUCUCCACGGAAGCAAUGGCGAGGCAACGCACCUCUCGCAGGAGGAGCGGCUUGAGGUAAUUCGACACGUCCGGACCUUGAUCAAGGAAUCCGGAAGCAGCGCAGUGAUCAUCAGCGGGUGUAGCGCAAACAGUGUCCGUGAGACUAGAAAGCUCAUUGAGGAUGCUCAAAAAGCUGGGGCAGACUACGCCCUCGUUCUUCCGCCGAGCUACUGGGUGGCGGCAAUGACCAAGCCUGUGCUCAAGGACUUCUACCUGGAGGUAGCAAACUCCUCGGCGUUGCCCAUCAUGAUCUACAACUUCCCCGGAGUCACUGGCGGUAUCGAUCUCGACUCAGACAUGAUCACCGACUUGGCUAGGGAGCGACCGGAAAUUGUCGGCGUGAAACUCACUUGCGGCAACCUCGGAAAGCUACAAAGAAUAUCCGCAACUCUGCCGAGCGCUGAAUUUGCCGCGUUUGCCGGCAAGGCCGACUUUAUGCUCCCAGGUCUGGUCGCCGGAUCGAACGGGGUCAUCUCGGCGCUGGCGAACGUUGUGCCAAGGGCUCAUGUCGAGCUCGCGAAGCUUUAUCAGGCCGGAGAACUGAAAGAAGCCAUCUCGCUUCAAAAUGGGCUUGCAAUGGCAGACUGGGAGCUGUCAAAGUUUGGGAUAUCCGGUGUGAAAAUGGCAUGUCAAUCUGGAUUUGGCUACGGAACGGGAAACGCCCGGAAGCCACUGCCCACUAUCAACACUGAGAACUUUGCGCUGUGCCAACAUAGUGCGCUGGAGGGUAUGAUUGCAGUAGAGAAGCAGCUGGCAUGUGGGAUGAAGUCGGCAAAUUGA